CUGCCAGUUACCGAUUGGAAUCUGCAUAGAUGCUACUACUCGGUGGGUAAAGUAUCCUAGGAUGCAGGCUGGAAGUCACUCAUAUAUACUCCAUAGAGCCCAAGUACAACAACCACCGGAUGUCGACCAGACGCAGAGGUCAAUGCUACCACUCUUCCACUCUUCUGGUACUCCUUCGGUCAAUCGUUUCACAUUCUGGUUCUCCCUGGUUGGAUUUAGAGUUGAUGCUGCAAGGACACGUCAAGUUGCAUAUACAUGCGCAUGCUGUAGGGUUCGACUGGGAUCUCAUUAGCUUUGCAUGCCUGACCAGCAAGGAGAUCGAAGAGAAAAGCUAAACCAUCUCAUCGAAAAGGUUGUUUGUUGUUGCUAAUACUGUUGAGGGUGAGAUUGUGGGCGCCCAUUCCGCCGUCCGUCAAGCAGCCCAGUCCCUGAAUUUAUGCAAUGUCGAGAAGCCGAGGAACUGAUAACUAGUAGUGUAAUGAAAACUGCGUACUCGUGUUCCCCGAGGAGGGACGGACUUUAGACUGGCUUAAAAUCGGGCAACAUGAAACAGGCCGUCUGGAUGUAGUCCGAGGCAAUCACACUGACAUUCAGCAUGGGACAGGGACCUCGGU